UUUUUUAUCAUAGGUGUUGUUUAAUCAUUGCCUCCCACAUCUGCACAUGUUAACUCAUUUAAAUUCUGCACUGGAGCUCAUUGUUUCUGCAAGAACAUUCACACAUUGCAUCUAAGAAACAGCCCUUAUAUCAAGCUUGCACCGUGUGCUUGCUGUUCAGCAGCUCGUUUGUGGAUCCAGGUGGAAUGAAGCCAGAUGAUGAAAAAAAAAAUAACAACAACAAAAUAAAACAAAACAGGAAACUCAAUACUUUUUUAUGUGCAAACACACUGUGACGUCACCCAGCUGAAAUCUUCCCCGUCCCUCAGCCGGCUUGGAGCUGUCAGAGCGCGCACUGCCUCCUCUCCUCUCUCGCGCGCGAUGACCAUGGAGGCGUCCAGGAGUUUAACAGGAGGAUUCCGCUGCCAAACUGAACCUGACAGGACGGGAUGUAGGCUGUGGAUUUUGUAUGCGUGCUCGAUGGUGUCUUAUUUCACUCAUUUGGAGACGGGGGGACAGUUUUGCGACUUAAAGUGACCAAAAACAAUCAUAAAGGACGGAACGUGUCUCAAUUGGAAAAUCAUGCACUGUUCAUUUCCAUGGAGAGAUGGCAUGCGUGCUCCUCUUCACUCGACUUUUUCCUUUCUCACACCGCCUCACAAGAACAUCUUUAUGCUUGUUAUCGCUUUUUCUAUCAUAUUUGUGCUACUGUGCGCUAUUUCCAGCCGACACCAUCAUGCAAACGUCAGGUGAUCCGACGGCCAGCUGCCAGCGCGUCCUGGAUCAUGGAGCCAAAAGACGCAUCCAGAAGUCCUUGUUCUGCGUUUUGCAGCAGAGCAGCGCAGAUGCAUUCCGGAUGAAAAGCGACCAAAGACCCUCCACGAACCUCCAUAACGACACGCCCAGCCCUCCCAUGAGUAAUCUCAAGUUUGGGAAUAAGAAGUUACCCAACGCAAUCAUAGUUGGUGUGAAAAAAGGAGGCACGAGAGCGGUUUUGGAGUUUAUAAGGAUUCACCCGGACGUGCGCGCGGCUGGCACGGAGACGCACUUCUUUGAUAGGAACUAUGACAGGGGCCUGGAGUGGUACAGGUGAGAGCAGCACCUGCACAGGUGCGUGCCUGGCUGUCUCUGUGGUCACGUGAUCUGAUGGUAAUCUGCAAAUAACUGGUUGGAACAGGUUUUAUGAAACGAAAUCACAGGAUUAAUCAGCUGGUUUAAUGUUGGCCCUCUCUAAAAGUUUUUACACUAUGAUCUGCAAAAUCUGAAUCACUGAAAUGACAGCUUUUCUAGUUGUGUAAGAAGAUGACUAAUGAGCACAUUUAAUAAAUUAAAGUGUAACCCUCUCAUUUGGCAGGGAGUCUCACAGACUCAUGAGAGUCUCUGGACAUUUAAGGAUGUUUAUAUCAUCCUUAAAUCUACAGCUGUCUGUAUCUGGUGAUUCCUGCUCCUCCAGAGUGGUGGGGUAAAAUGGUGCAAAAUUUAAUGCAGCAUGACAAUGUUUUCAGAUAUUGAAAAGAUGGUGAAGAUGUAAUGUCAAAACACAUCUGUAAUUUGAUUUUAAAUAUCAGUGUUGUAUUUAUUGUUAUAAUAGAUUUUAUCAACUAUACUGGAUAUUGUGUAUAUAGGAUGUCAUAGGAUUGUAAGGUCUUUUUCAGUCAUUGUUUGGCUUUUUCUCUACAUAUUGAAUGUAAAAUAACCCAUCUUGAUAAAAUGUAAAAUAACCCUUCCUUGUGGGUGUUCCCCAGGGUUCCCUUCACACUGCUUAUAUUGUACAGAAAUCUAUAUCUAUCUGUGUUGGAAAACAAUAUCUCAAAGCCAACACAAAUGCUCAACAGCAUCUCUAUUCUCUACCACUUUUCACAUUAAAUCAGCCUCUUACCGACAUUAUUUCGAUAUCCUCCCCCAAUGGUGCCUUUCUGUCUACACAACGUUUCGAGGUAAACACAUUAAAAGUGUUUCUGCAGUCUCUUGACUCAUUUCACUUUCUUAAUGCAGGAAAAAAAAUUUGGAGGCUUGAGCUGUUUUUACAUGAGCAGUACAGUGGUCCUCUUUGUAGAGCAUUCAUCUGAUUUCUCAUAAAAUCUAGUCUCUUGAGGAAAUCUGUGUAAACUGCAGAGUGUAGGACACCAUCCACUCGGACUGAGUCGUUUACUUGUUUGUAUGAAGUGAUAAUCUUUAAAAAUCUGUUAAACAUAACUGAUUCAUUGAUGCACGAGCUUUUAUCCUAACUCCAUAACAACAGAUUUGAAACAAGAUGAUGUCCCUAUUUAGACUUGUAACAUUAUGCACAUAUGCACAAAGACGGCCAGACACAUACAGAUCAACCUCCAAGUACAUCUGAUGUUAAUGAUCAGCUGUCACCCAGCCUGCAGGAGGGAUGUGUAUCAGCAGUAUUAUGAAAUAAUUAAAGACUCAAAGUAUCUCCACUAAUUGGCACUCGUCAGGACGGAAGGCGGCUGAAGCCCUUUUAUCUCUGAGAUGUGUCUGAGAAAUGGGAGCCGGAUGUGAACCCUCGCCUAUUACCGCUGUUUGACUGUCACCUGUCAAAGUUGCAGAGAAAAGGUCAUGUGCCGACUGACUUCUGAGGAUCGUUUUCAAAACAGAGUGUAAUUCAGUAAGUCUACAGUAAACACUCAUCAAUGAAGGCAAAGUUGAAUGGUUAGAGCCUCAUUAUCAGGAUGUAUGGGAGUGCAACGUGCUGCUUGUAGUUAGUUGGUUCAUUACAGUAAUAUCUGCACAAGAGAGUAAAGAAAAUACCAGGGAUAAAGACCCUUAAGGUUCACUGAAUACGCUGUCAAUGGCCACAAGAUUGAUUGAAAACACUGUGUAAAGUUAGAUGACAUGAUCCCACCUCCAUCCACUGUACAAAAGUGAAGCCUGAUUACCAUGAAGGGCAGUGACAUAUACAGCCAAGGUCUGUGACAUGAACUUAUAAAAUGUGAUUAAAUUACUCUUCACAUGAGCGUGUGAAAAAAAAAAAUCAUUCAAAGGUUUUCUUUUCUUCGACAUCUCAGGUCUUUUACUUACCUAUCAAGCUGCACUUAAUUGUUGAAUUAAUGGUCUGGAAACUCUUUGAUCAUCAGUUGAUUGGGUCAGUCUUUUCUGGUAGACCUGGGUGAUAUGGCCAAAAAUGUAGUCACAAUUUAGAAUGUAUAUAUAAAUGUAUCAGUACAUAUUGAUAGUUAUCAGUCAUUCUCAAAAGAUUAUUUUUCCCUAUUUAAAUGCAGAUUUUUUAUUUUAUUUGAGGAAAGUGCAUGGACAAUUAGCUUGAACCUGGGGUCAAGUACCUGGAUAGGCAUCUCAUUUUGUAUAGUAAAAGUAGGAAGGAAGAAAUAGUCUUUUACAGCUGUUUAUUUACUGUCUGUAGGUUUUUUCUCUUUUUUUUUUUUCUAGCAUUGCGCUAGAAUUGCUGACAUCAGAGUUUGCUGCUGGAGCAUUUGCUCGCUGAGGAUCUGCUAACACUUUGGGGCUGUUAUUUCUUGCUUUUGGUGUUUUUUAACAGGUCAUAUUGUGUCAAACAAUGGAAAAGGUUUGUGGUGUUGUCUCACUUAUCUGGCAUCAAUUUGCUACUCUGCUGGACUGUAAAUGGCUAAAAUAUCUCCAGACUACUGAAGUGGCCUUUUCAGUUAAGAAUGUUUUCCCCCGGCUUUGAGCUGGUGGGCAUGCUGUGUUCUUUAGAGUUGCUGUCGUUCAGUUUGGUCGUGUUUCCCACCUCUAUCUCUGCAAGAUGAUUCACCGUUCAUUGUCUUACUUGUCUCCUCUCUAAAACAAGGUGACAACUAGUGUUUAAUGUGCCACAGCACCCCACUUCUCCAGUGUCCUAGUGGUUGGUAUAAGUCCAAGUUUGAAUUUAUAAAACGUUUGUCUAAAAUUGUUAGAAAUUAUAUCAUGACAAUUAUGUUUUUAUCACCCAGCCCUAAUUUCUCAACACACAUCCAAGCAUUUCCUUGUUUUGGGUUCUUGGUACAUUUUUUGACUAAACGAUAAAUGGUAUGUUUUCCCAUUUUUAUUCUGUUUGUAAAAGCAGACAAAACCAGACCAUUAUAACAUUACUUUGUGAAGAGGGAAGCAACAACCAAGAUAAUGUUUUCAGAUGAACUAGACAAAGAAAUUAAAGAUAAAUGUUAGUCAGCCCGACUUACUGUCUGGUAUUUAAUAAGGAAGGGUGCCCUUGGCCAAAGUUUUCAGAUGAAACAUAAAACUUUUACUCGGUGUAGACGUACCUGUUCCAAUCAUUACUUUCAAGACUUCAAUGGCCUAGUUUGAGGACUGGGAUGUAACCUCAGAGAGUGGCCCUGCUAUGUGUUCUGUUUGCAUUUAUGGUGAUUUAUUACUCCUGAACCAGGCUGGCUGAUGCACCAGGAGAGCUGUCUGGGAGACAGGUCUCCUGUGACAAUGGACUACUAUGACUGUGCAUCAGAGCUCUUGUUAUCAUUUACAUGAAGAAACUGGGUUCAUGGCCAACUGGAGCUUCUCAGAUGGUUUUGUUUCUUUGAAGCUCACUUGAGUAAUCCUGCCCUAAAUAGACAUCUAAUACACACUUUUUCCUUUCGACAGAGGGAAGGCAAGGACGCUGCGUCCUCUCUGUCUGAAUCUGUUAGCCUUUGUGGUAUUUACGUAAUUCAAAACAGAGUGGAAAAUGUUAUGAGAAACCCUUAAAGUAAUGUGAAUGUAAAUGAGAAACCUUUAUUUUGCUGGAACUUAUACUUUGUGUUUUUAUUUUUCAUGCAGAGGUUUGAUGCCAAGGACUCUCGAAAGCCAAAUCACGAUGGAGAAGACGCCAAGCUACUUUGUAACAAAAGAGACGCCACAUCGGAUCUCAGACAUGUCUCGAGAUACAAAGCUCAUUGUUGUGGUGCGGGACCCGGUUACUCGUGCAAUAUCUGACUACACUCAAACUUUAUCCAAAACCCCUGACCUGCCGAGUUUCCAGGAUCUGGCCUUCAGAAACCAGAGUCUGGGCAUCGUGGACACAUCUUGGAAUGCCAUAAGGAUUGGCUUGUACGUUCUGCAUCUUGAGAACUGGCUCCGCUACUUCCCUCUGGCUCAGAUCCACUUCGUUAGUGGGGAGCGUCUUAUCACAGACCCAGCAGGGGAGCUGGCCCGGGUGCAAGACUUCCUUGGGUUAAAGAGAAUUGUCACAGACAAACACUUCUACUUUAAUCGCACCAAGGGCUUCCCUUGCCUUAAGAAGCCGGAGAGCAGCGGCUCGCCUCGCUGUCUGGGCAAGUCAAAGGGCAGAACUCAUGUGCAGAUAGAUAGAGAGGCUAUAGAGCAGUUAAGAGACUUCUAUAGACCUUAUAAUGACAAGUUUUAUGAAAUGGUGGGUCAUGAUUUCAAGUGGGAGUAGAGGCUGGAGUUAUACUCUAAAAUUGUACAGUACAAGAAAGAUUCCUACAUUCCUUCUUCAAAACUGGUUUGACCGUCAGUAUUAUAUGGAAGGUGACAGGGACAAAUGUGCUAUAAUGGCCUAAAAAAAUUUCUAUGGGGAGAAACAGGCUUCAAAUUCAAAAUCAAUGCAUAUUUACAAAAAAACACUCACUUAAAAAGACCAAAACAAAAACAGCUGACACUGUAGGUUCAGGUUCAGGAAGCAGAAACAAAAGCAUUAACAGCAAAUGCCAAAGCAAAAUACAGUUGUUAGGUGUUUAGGCCUGAGGGGGCACAACAUGGAUUAUAUUUAUUUUUGACAGAAAUGGAAGAGAAACAAGGCUGUGGAGUGAAUAGAUGUGCUUAUUUUUAAACCAGGCGCCCCAUGUAACAAUGUUACCAUCCUUCUCGUACUGGUUUUAGGAUAAAACUAAUACAGUAAUGAUGAUAGAGGCAACAGGGCCAGAGUGUGAAAUGCGUAACUAUAUAAAAAAUAAUGCUAUUUUCAUUGAUUGAUGUUCAUCCCAUUAGCCUUUUGCUAACGGAUUUGUCGUAUAUUUUGAUAUUUAAUGUUUAAGAAACUAUUGCUGGACUAAACUGUAAAAUGUAGAUAAAGUGAUUGUUUAGGCAAAAAAAAGAAAGCUUCUAGCUAGCAAAUUAGCUUUGGAGAAGCUACAUUAAGCAGUGGAAACUAUCUCGGGAAGGAUUUCUGUCCAUUACAGAUUUUGCUAUUAAAUUAAAACUUUUGCUUAAUUGAAAGCCCAUUUCUCCUCACCUAAAUCUCUUUUUAGCCGUUGUAGCACAUUUGUCCUUGCUAGCCAUUUAAGUGAUAUGCCAUUGCUAAAGCAGAUAGUAAACGCUCUCCAGGCUAUAAAGAGCAAUAGCAGUGUUAUUCUUUUGAGUAACACUGCUAAACAGCACAAUAUCUAAGAUGACAUUGCUUUUGCACUUGUAAUAAUCAGUUAACAGUGAGCAUUUUGUUUGUUGCCAGAUAAAGUCACCGUUUCAGCUCCAGGAUCCCUCUGUUUCUUUCCCUGUAACUGUGUUUUAUUGCGGACUACAUUCUCCAUUUGCUGACUGGAUGGUGAGAGGAGGAGAUUCCAGGGAAUGGGAUUAGUUCCUCUUAAAACCUGCUUUACUAAUCAAGGCAGGGCUUGAAAGCAAGACCUUGGAAAAUGUCAGUGGAGUCUUCAGGGAGAGCAGAAUUAAGCUGCAGCACUGUGGUGGUAAAGCUGAAGAGUGAAGCCAUAAUGCAAGUAUAAGGCACCAAAUAUCACUUCCUUUGAUGCAUUUUUUUACAGAGUUUCUUUCUUAUUCUUUCCAGCUUAAAUCUGUGAAUGAAAAAGUCAAUAUAUGCUGUAACAUGCACACUUCACUUUAUUCUACUUCAUUUGAUUGAUCCAUGCUUUUAUUCUACUUUCAAAAGUGAAUCACUGGCUUAUCCACAAAUCUUGUUCAUUACCUUCAUUAAAUGAAACUGAAGCACACAGAUGAUUUUUUUUAUUAUUCUGUCUCAUCCAGAACCUUACUUUGAUAAAAAUACAUCACACAAAAAGUAUGUUUGUUAACUCUGUCCAUCCCUUUUUCUCUCUGACUGCUUUUAUGUUAACAAAAAAAGAUCAAAAACCAACUCAAACAGCAAGCAUUUAAGCUAAAACCUAAAACAUCUUCUAAAAUAACGCUUGAUUUCUUACCAAACAUCCAUUUCAUCCAAACCAGCUGGUCAAAUGAUGCUAUUUUGCAGAUUUGUCCACUCACAGUUUUGUUUUGCCCGUGAAAGCAUGCUUUGAGGUGUUUUAUUUCAUUCUGUAAGGUUCGCUGUGUGCCUGGUGUUAGUGGUUGGUGGAUGAGGGGGGUGGAGGUGUAAGGAAUUUCAAUCACUUCUGAAAGACAAAGCAGGCAACACCUAGUCAUGGCAGGUUAUCAAACAGAUUCUGGGACUGUGUGUCACAUGAUUGCAGUGAAAAGUUUGGAUUCUGCUACCUGGUCUGAAUACUAAAACUAGACUGUCUGAACGUGAGCCAGACUGAAACAGUACUGUAAAACAGAGAGAAAAAAAUUAGCUUAUAAUACUCGUGUCAGGACAGGGGGGAUAUCUGAUGAGUCAAAGUAGGACAUAUAAAUGUUUCUGCACUCAAAUCAGCCAAAUUAUUAUACACAAGGCUUCAUAUUUGCUUCCAAUUGUUUAGAAUACUGGAUGUGAUUAUUUCAUGUUCAUAAAAAAAAAUGGACAAUAUAAAAUUUGCAAGUUAUGAUAUUACAAGUGUGUAAAGAGGCAGAUCAAGAGGUAAUUUUUUUUUUCAAAAAGGGUAAUGCUGCAUCUUUUCCACUGCAACAGUCGGUAAUAUUGGUCAUUAUCACCAUUGGCUUGAAUUGGCUUUACAGUAUUUGAAGACUUGGUAAGCUAUAAAAAGAAAGUGGUUCAGUUACUCACUGAGUAUUCAAAAGCUGUCUUAUUCAAAUGAUUUGUCACAGUGUACUUACAGAAUUAAAGGUAGAUGAAUUAAGAGGUCCUGUUUCAGGUCCAGUUCAGUGAAAUAACAGUUUAAUUACAGAAGUUAGUGAGGAGGUAAUACAACUGCCAGUCGUACAGUAUUAAAGCUGUAAAGCAGAGCUAUUAGAACUAUUGACUGUAUAUUGAUAUAGACAGCACACCACCAUCUCCUCCCACUGUAAAAAAGUGAAGCCAAAAUCAUGUCUCCAUGGGCACUGACAUACCCACCGAGCAUUUUUUUUUCUACAAGAGGUCUAAUAGACUUCUAAAUGUAGCCUGGACAACUGGUCUAAAAUCAGGCUACCACAGGUCUAAAAAUGAAAGUUUUUUAGAUGUCUAAAUUUAGACCAAGUUUAGACUAGCCAGCUAACAGAGGUCUACACUGUAUAUUGCUCAACGGCUAUCAUAAUUAUUUUGGUUAAGUACUUGGAGAUCAGUUAUGCAACUCACAGUUACUUUUUGAAAUAAAAUAGUUAUCAAAUCAUGGGUUAAAGUGCAACUUCUAAAUUCUAUCUAGAAAUAUACAGAAUCUAGACGGUUGAAAUUAGGUCUAAGAAAAAACUACAGGUCUAAUAGCUGUCUAUUGCUCAGUGGGUAUUCUACUUCUAGUGUAUUUUGUAGAUGAGGGAUGCAAAGAAUCCCUGUCACACCCCCUCUGCUAACCAAACCCCAAAUUUAAUUUACUUACACAACACCAGAGAUCCUGAAGC